AUGCCUAGCCUUGCUAUAGUCAUCCUGGCAAUGGAUCUAAUCAAUGAGAAACUCACCACUUUCUCUCUGGAUAUGAAAUUCCUCUCGUCAAUUCACACUGCCAUUGGACCACCUAAAAAAACUUUAAAUUGGUACUACGAAUUAAUGGACAUGUCUGAAGUAUACAGAAUUACAAUGGUUUCACACCUGCAUUAUAAAUUGGCAUACUUCAAGCUUGCCAAAUAG